AGUCUGCAGACCCAUCCUCCGCUUGAUUCCUCACUCAUUUCCAUCUUCAUGAUUUAUUAUAGGAAGAAUUAGCACAUUGUAGUUGAUGACACCAACAGAAACACCGCAAAUGCAAGUUUUAGCCUGCAAUUCCGUGCCUGUAAAACUUCAUGGCAUUAGCGUCCCAACGCAAUUGUUCAUGGGUCGGCGAGAGCUCUUGUCCUCUGUCUGCUCCAAUGGUUCCCUCAAGAAGGUUGUUUCUUCCCAACCCAUCUCCAUCACAAGGAGUGUUAGAGAUGGGAAAGUAGAUUUACGUGAAGUAUUAACGCAGAAAAUUAUUCCUUUUACAACAAGGAGGAUGUUGCUAACAAGUUUUUUCGUAUAUUUAUGUUAUCAUCCUUCUUCAAGGUACUUAUCAGCGCAAGCAUUAGGGGAUCCAUCAGUGACAGUUGAAGAUGUUACUCCUCCUGUUUUCCCAUCUGGGGCACUCUUCCCUUCUGAGGAAAGAAUUGCCCAACUCUUUGAGGGGAAUACAUACUCUGUGGUCAACAUUUUUGAUGUAACAUUGCGGCCACAACUUAAUGUAACCGGUAUGGUUGAGAUUCCUGAAGGAAAUGGCUCUGGAGUUGUCUGGGAUGGACAGGGACACAUUGUGACAAAUUAUCAUGUGAUUGGUAAUGCCCUAUCAAGAAAUCAAGGUCUUGGACAAGUAGUCGCUCGAGUUAAUAUCUUAGCUUCAGAAGGUGUGCAAAAGAAUUUUGAGGGUAAGUUGAUUGGUGCGGACCGUGCAAAGGACCUUGCUGUCCUAAAGGUGGAGGCCCCUGAAGAUCUGUUGAGGCCCAUUAAGUUGGGACAAUCAUCUUCUCUAAGGGUUGGACAGCAGUGUCUAGCAAUUGGGAAUCCAUUUGGUUUUGAUCAUACCCUUACUGUUGGUGUUAUUAGUGGACUGAAUCGAGACAUUUUUAGCCAAACAGGAGUCACUAUUGGUGGUGGAAUUCAAACAGAUGCAGCCAUCAAUCCUGGAAACAGUGGUGGUCCUUUGCUGGAUUCAAAAGGAAAUCUGAUUGGAAUUAAUACAGCAAUUUUUACUCAGACAGGUACAUCGGCUGGUGUAGGAUUUGCAAUCCCUUCCUUGACAGUGCUCAAGAUUGUUCCUCAGCUGAUCCAGUUUGGUAAGGUUGUCCGGGCUGGUUUGAAUGUGGAAAUUGCUCCUGACCUGAUAGCUAAUCAACUGAAUGUUCGUAAAGGAGCUCUUGUCCUUCAGGUUCCUGCAAACAGUCUUGCAGAAAAGGCUGGGUUGCUUCCCACAACCAGGGGUUUCGCGGGUAAUAUCGUACUUGGAGAUAUCAUUGUUGCAAUUGAUGGAAAACCUGUUAAAAACAAAGCCGAGUUGUACAAAGCACUGGAUGACUAUAACGUGGGUGAAAAAGUGGUUCUAAAGAUUCAGAGGAGCGGUGAGGAUCUGGAGCUGCCAAUAACCCUAGAGGAAAAGAGUUCAUGACAUUGUCUCUUACAGUAUCAUCUGUACUAGUGCUGUAAUAUGUUACUAUCAUUCAAUUUUCCAUUUUGAAUGAGAAAAGGAUUAUUAUAGUUUAAUGGAUAAAAAUUACUAUAAACAUAGGAGCAAUUAUUACAUAAAUGAUUUUGUUUAUA